AACUGUGCCGAUUACUGAAUUCUAGUAAAACCACAGUGUGUAGAAACAAAGGAUCAAAAGGCGGAGGAGGGGUUCGAGAAUAAACGGCCGGCAGCUGAGCGAUAAGAGAAUCUAAACAAAUCUCCGAUCAAUGGCUUUAGCCUUAUCUAAUUCCCUUCAGUUUUCCGCUUCAAGAUUUCCUUCCGCACAUGGAUUUCUCAGGCUUUCAAAGUCUCCCUCCUCCUCGCUCAGGUUUCCUAUGUCACAUUCAAUGUCCAGAAGAGUAACUUGUGCUGCUUCAUCAGCUGCUGGAAGUCCUAGUUCAGAUAGCGACUUCAAUCCAUAUCAGGUUCUUGGCGUGAGUCCAAUUGAGGGAUUUGACAUGAUUAAAGCUGCAUAUACAAGAAAACAUAAGGAUGCUGAGAGAAGAGGCGAUGGAGCAACACUUUCGCAGUUGGAAAAGGCGUACGAUAAAAUCAUGAUGGCACAGCUGAGUAACAGAAAGCAGGGUUUAACUUUUGGUUCAUUCAAGGUUUCAAAGGAAAUUAAGUUUGCAGAUAAGCAGCCAAUUGUACCAUGGGGACCAAGGCCAGAAAAAUCAGAUACUAAAGAUAUGCGCAUAAAUCUUGCAAUAGCUGCUGUAUUUACUGCUUGGGUUGUCAUAAAACGCAAUGCUGAAUGGAAACCACUUCAAUUCCUGGCCUUUGCCUUUGUAUACCGGUUGUUUGAGAAAUUGAAAGCCUCUGAACCAGAGUCCUCACCCACAUUUACGGAGGAAGGUGAGGAUGAAGGGAGAUCCAUGCGGAUGGGGAAGCGAUUGCUUCGUUCUCUUUCCCUGGUGUUUGGCUCGAUGGCCAUUGCAUCUUUGGGAUUCACGGGCCUGUUGAAUCUGAUUGAGUUUGCUGGUGGUUUUAUUCCUUCUGUUCUAUACAAUAACCAGGAGUUGUUCAUUACUGCUUCAACCGCAGUCGUGCUGUACAUUAUGUCAUCGUAUUAUAGAUGAUCAGAUCAACAAACUCUAGUCAAACCGGACCAAGUAACACAUAAUGUUUAUGUUGAGAUGUCUGUCAUGUUACUUUUGCACCAAUUUUGCAUGAAUAGGCAGAAUAGCUGAAUACCAGGUGAAAGAAAGAGUCUUUGAUCUUUGGGGAAGUGAAUCACAUUAUUAGGGUUGUAUUCUUGAAACGGUUUCCUGGUUUGUAUGUUGAUUCUUAUUUAUAUGGCUCCUUCUGUCAAAUUUGAUAAGAUAAUUUACUAUCUGAGUCUUAUAUAUAUAUAUAUUUUUUUUUUUUCUGAUUUUAUGUAAACCUGAUUUUAAGUUCAGUAGCUAAUUUUUUUUACUCA